ACUGAACUGAGUGCUCUACCAGGCUACAUCUCCUCCCAUGUAUACAACCAGGAGAAUAUAAUUCAACAAUCCUAUCUUCUGCUCAAGGAAUAUUUUACAGAUCUAAACAUUAAUAGAUAUACUUGGGGUUACUCAACUGUAAAUACUAGAGCUGUUUAUCUAGAGAAGGAUCCAAGGGAUUCAGGAAAAGGGGAGAGGGGAGAGAAUGCGCUUGCCCUGGUCCCUUUCCUAGAUCUGCUCAAUCAUUCAGGUAUCAAGCAGUGUUUCGGAUCCGUAUCAUUUUGAUGCGGAUCCGGAUCCGCGGAUCC